CAAUCAUAAAAGCGCACGUACAUGCGCACGCACUCGAGAGCAGGAGAGAGAAAGAGAUAGCGAAGGAGGCACGCUUGUACACCGUAUCGUAUCCAUCGUCGCUGUUGCUCCCCCCUCCCUGUCGGCAGUUGUGCGAUCGUGUGUGCGCUGACCGAGAGGAACGUCGUCGUCCUCGUCGUCGCCGUAGUCGUAUGAACUGUAGUAACAUAUAAAUCGUAAAUUGGUGUGCGAUCCCUCCUCGUGUGAGCGCUUCCGCGACGAGAGAGAAAGAAGCCGUGAGCGAGACGUACGUCAGUGCCGUCGCCGGAGGAGCUGACUUUUUGAAAAGAAGAACGAACGAAAAAAAAGUGCUUGCGACGAACGCCGAAAUUUGCUAAGGCUGCAGCGCUACUCGUUAUAAGCCGACACAAUGUCCGUAGACAAAGAGGAAUUAGUGCAGCGUGCGAAGCUUGCCGAGCAGGCGGAGAGAUACGAUGACAUGGCGACGGCGAUGAAGUCCGUGACCGAGACGGGCGUCGAGCUCUCGAACGAGGAGAGGAACCUGCUGUCGGUCGCCUACAAGAACGUCGUCGGGGCGAGGCGCAGCUCGUGGCGGGUCAUUUCCUCGAUCGAGCAGAAAACCGAAGGCUCCGAGCGCAAACAGCAAAUGGCGAAGGAGUACCGGGAAAAGGUCGAGAAGGAGCUCCGCGAGAUCUGCUACGACGUUUUGGGACUCCUUGAUAAGUACCUGAUCCCCAAGGCAAGCAGCGCUGAAAGCAAAGUUUUUUACCUCAAGAUGAAAGGAGAUUAUUUUAGGUAUCUCGCGGAAGUAGCCACCGGCGAAACUCGAAAUGUUGUGGAGGACUCGCAGAAAGCCUACCAAGAAGCAUUCGAUAUCGCAAAGUCGAAGAUGCAGCCGACGCAUCCAAUAAGGCUCGGGCUGGCCCUCAACUUUUCCGUUUUCUAUUAUGAAAUUAUCAAUUCACCUGCACGGGCCUGCCAUUUAGCAAAACAGGCGUUCGACGACGCGAUCGCCGAGCUCGACACACUAAACGAGGACAGCUACAAGGACUCGACGCUGAUCAUGCAGCUGUUGCGCGACAACCUCACCCUUUGGACCAGCGACACGCAGGGCGAGGGGGACGAGCCACAAGAGGGCAACGACAACUAACCUUCAUAAAUCGCGUGCGAGUCCUAAGAAAAAAAAUCCUCACCUCGCCCCUCGUCCCAUCCCCGACAGAAAAAAAUCCACCCUUUCUAAUCUUAAAUAAGGAAACAAAAAAGAAGCAGGAAGAAAGAGCAUCCUAUUCUCUAUCGUUCUCCCCGUUCUUACGAGAGUUCAUCCUUCGUUUACUACCUGAUCUACCUUCGAAGACUUCCUGUCCUUCCCUCCGGACUAUGUACCUUCUUUAAUCGACAUUAUAAGAUGAUGAAAAAAGAUGUUUUUCUCUCGAUCGCUCACACCACGAACAUACCUCACUCCCUUAGCCCAAUUACAAACGAAAACACGCAGAGACACGGUCGCGUGCACUCGCAAACGACAGCAUCAUUUAAGACACAUACAUACAAACAAA